AUGAUCAAAAAGAGACAACCCAAGAAUAUUAAUCUACGAUCGAAGGAUGCAACGGGUGAGCAUUCCUCUGCGUCUGCUUCAUCAUCGGAAACAACUCCUCACUCGGAGGAAGAACAACAUGGUACUGCAACGAAUGAAAAGAAUGUUAUUAUUCCGAAUGAUGAUCAUCACACACAAGAAUCUACAUCUAACUCCUUGUCAACAUCAACAACCACAACAUCAAAUGAACCCGUUCAUGAAGAUAGUACUAGUGCUGAUCACAAAAUAACACACAGUGCAAUCACAGAUGAAGAGGAAAAUGAUAUUAAUUCAACUCUAGAGAAAACAAAAUUAAAACAAAAAUUGAGAAGCAGACCGAAAGGAAUGCAAGCAAAUUUAAAAACUGGAGAUUUAUUUGAUUUAGAUAAAAUUAAGAAUACCAGUGUUAAACGAAAGAAGGAACAGUUAAAUAUUUUGCAAGGAGGUACACAAGGUGGACUUGUUGACAGAAACAAAGGAGAGUGGAUUGCCAUGAAAUUAGCAAAUAUGGAUAAGAAAGAAUCAUCGAGUACCAUGUCACAACUAGGAAUGGACUUGAAUUUUACAGAUGCAGAACUGUCCGAGCAAGAUAAACGAUUAUUUGAAUAUAUUAGAGAAAAGAUGAAGGAACAAGGCUACUCGUAUGAUGACAAUGUAAAUAUUAACGAUAGUGAUGAGGAAGAAGCUCAACAAGCUGCUGCUUCUUCAAGUACAUCUCAACGUGAUGCCAAGAAAAAAUCAGAUAUUAGUGUCAAGGAAAUUCUAGAGAAAGAAAAGGAAUUGUACAAAUUGCCUGAAGAGCUAAAGGUCGAUAAAAUUGAAAUUGAGAAUAUGAGCAAACGAAGAGGCAAGCGAAGUGAUCCAACCAAGCAACCUGCCAAGCCAAUCUCAGAGGAGGAACGACAAAAACUAUUGAGUGGUGCAAUUCUUGAAGUUCCACUUUCCACUGCGGACAAGAUUCAAAAUAUUAGGGAGACCAAUGAACGGGUCAAAGAACUGGAAGAGAGUGGACAAAAACGAAAAUAUACCUAUAAUACGGCAUCAGACGAAUACGUUUAUACUCAAUUCAAAAAGAAGUUCGCACAUAGAAGAUGA